ACGAGACAGGGUGGACUCCUCCACCAUUGGACGAGGGAUGAUCCUGAGGGAGGAUCUAGGAUCCACCAAGGAAGGGGCAUCGACCGACAACGCGCGAAGAUCUCCUCCGCCGAGCGCAGAAUUGUCUGAAUGAUUUUGUUACUCGUUACGAACAAGUCGUCCUCACUCAGAAGGGUCUAAGCCUUAACAACGCAACUUUAAAGUUCUGAUUUUAAUUUGAAAUACAAAGUAUUAAAGUACUAAAAACAAAAAUUACAGUUUCUUAUUUUUGUAAAUCCGCGCCUUGAGAGCGGAGCGCCUCUGCGCUCCACGGACUGUCACACCUGUACCUAAAUCCCCGAAAAUCCCUAUUUUUCCGCGACGGACACGCAACAUAUUUGGUGACAGCGGUGGGAUAUUUUAAAAGGGAAUAGUUCAAAGUGGGGACAAACAUUUAAAAGGUGACAGUUUAAAAGGUGAGAAUUCUGUGAAAACCAAUUUAAAACAGUGAAAUAACUGAAUAGUUAAGUAAAGUGAUUGUGACAAACUUAUGUACACUUAAAUUACUUUAUCAACUCGCGGGUGUGUAUUAAACGGUCAAUUAAACAUUCUACAAACUAUUUUAUUGAACUGUUAUAUAUUUAAUAAGUGGACAAAGUUUAGUGCAACUUCUCCCUCUUGGGUUUUGGCACGGUUUCCCCAAGAGCGAAGGGUAAAUACCGGAGACAGGUGAUUUCGGCUGCCGUGCAAGCCAUCCACCGAAAUCACGCGCACCUCGUCCACGUCAUCGUUGCAUCAUUCCUGGAGCAUAAGAGAGGAUAAAAUAAAAUCCCGGGACCUGAUCGGACUGUUCACGGAGCUGAGGCCUACCUGAUGCAGCUGAUUGCGGACAAAUUUUACUGGAGUACCUGCUGCUGAAUUGGGGACCAUUGAGCUGGAGUACCUGCUGUCGAAUUUGGGGACCAUCGAGCAGGAGACGGGACAGAGCCAUACACCUGUGAAAGAAGCAACAAGUUAAACGAGAAACGUUAAGUGACUUCUUGCGGAUUAUAAAUUUGUCGUGCAACAAAACUGUAAGUCUAGAAUAUUAGCAAAUAGACUAUAGAAUAUUAGUUGUAACCGUUAGUCCUAAUUCGAUAAGAUGCCGCCGUUUUCAACGAAACUAGUAAGGGCCAGAAGGAGGAAGGGUCGCAAAAAUAGUCUGCGUGGUGAUAGCGUCAUAUUUGUGGAGGAAAGUUCAAUAGAAUCUCCUAGUAGAGGACCUUCUUCCUCAAUUGGAAGAUUUGAACCCCGAUUACAAGAGUCAUCUCUUGUACCUGCCCAGUCCACGAUGCAGAGUUGGGGUGAGCCGGGCGGUGUAUCUGUUCCUUCUAGUAGCACGGCAAAUAACACGCUAAUGAUUCCACCUAGGCCAUUACCUUCUAAUGUUUUGAAUUCCUCUUCGGAUGCGAAUGAACAUCAGACAAAUACCUUAAAUUUAGAGUCAUUACAACCUUCCAAGGACAGUAUGACUAGGGACGCGGUCACGUCAUCGCCUAAACUUUCAAAAACCUUUACGGGCACCCAAUACGAUGUAGUAAAAAGUUUUAUUCCUCAUUUUGAUGGAAAGCCGUCCCAGGUAAACCAUUUUAUUGCCCAAUGUAGGCUUGCCGACACCUUAGCAAAAACCGAGGACAAAACACUUUUGCUCGCUAUAAUUCGGAAUCGAAUGCAACACCGGGUUUACAGGGGUAUAAUGGGUGAUGACGAACCGGAAACUGUGGAGGAAUUGAUAGCCCUGAUUAAAUCCACGUUCGCCCAAAGUUUUAAUCUAAAUGAUACUCAAAAUGAGUUGAAGACCGUACGCCGUCGUGAAAGCGAAUCGAUCGAGGAAUACGGGUUCCGAGUAAACGAUAUUUUAGAUCGUGGGGUACAGGGGGCGAAAGAAGAUUUGCGUUCAGAGGAAUUUGGGGGCAUUAAAAAAUUACUUAUGACGAGCGCGGUGGCAGGAUUUUUAGGGGGACUGGGAAACGAUGUUGUCGCGAGUAUUCUGUCUAACGAUGAUGUUAAAGAUUUAAGAGCAGCGAUUAAAUUAGCGUCAAAAAUUGAAACUCAGGUGAAUUCAUCGCGGAAUUCACAGAACACCAACGUUUCUAAUACGAAUUCUAGAGUUCUAAUCGCGGAAACGCGCGACCGCAAAUGUGUUACCUGUGGAAAGGCCGGGCAUAUUUCUGCGGAUUGUCAGGUGCGUCGGGAUCGUCGCUUCAUAAAUUCGAAUCGUGACCACCAGUUUCCUUCAAUUUCUGAAAAUCAAGGAAAUCCUUUGAAAUCGAGAAGGAAUUGUUAGCAGUUUUGUUUGGAAUGGAAUAUUUUCGACCCUACCUUUAUGGUCGACAGUUUACAUUGCUCACUGACCAUAGACCCUUGGUAUGGUUACACAAUGUCAAGGAUCCAACAUCUAAAAUCAUGAGGUGGCGGAUCAGGUUGAACGAAUACGAUUAUACUGUGGUAUAUAAACCUGGAAAGGUCAACGCCAAUGCCAACGCACUUUCACGGAACCCUGUAGACACCUGUAUAAAUUCAGAUCCUCAACCACUUAUCGUAUGGUCUAGCAUGGAUUCCAAUCCCGGUUCGCGGUGUCUGGAAGGGGUGCUUGCCUGCGCAGGUGGGACACCAGUUGCAGGCUCCGAACCGGCCGGGAUGGACGAAAUGCAGUUCGUCUAUAAUGAAUCGCUAGUGGCCUCUGCAUUCCUGGCGCGCGGGAAGGCAGCGGCUAAACAAAACGAGGUCACCAACAAGGAGCAAAGAACUUUGAAUACGGAAGCUGUGUCAUCAAAAAGUUUAUUUAAAUCUCGGAAGGGAUCAUUCCAUGAGGGUGCCUGUGUGGUCCCGGUGCAGCUUGUGCCAGCGCAGGGGUGUGAUCCCCGUGAUUGUGUGAUUUUGUCCUCGCCUCGAACAGUGGUUUCGGGUGAGAGUGUGAGAAUGAGGUCGCAGCUAGUGGAUGUGCUGGACCCACCGUGAAAUCCACCCCAGACGUACAUGCGGGUGCGGCUCGGUGAAAUGUUCCCAACCAAACAGGCCAUUUAUUUGCCCAGCGUGCCAUGAUUCGUGCUAUGUCGGGCAGACCAACGUGCAUUUGCGCGCUCUACCUGUACAAUGCCCAGCGCGCAUGGGUACAUGCUUGCAUGGUUCUAGGGUUGAUGUUGUGGAAUGCCUUGGCAGAGAGACCAGGCAGCGUGGACAAGUUGGCUGGGAUUCCCAAAGAGAUUGUGACCUCGUUAACGGUUUCUGUAAAGAAAAAGAUAAGGAUUAUAGAUCUUAAUAAUGUCAAGAGCGGUGAAAAUAGUAAAAGAACAAUAUUGAUUAAUAAUUUGGAUAAUGCAAUGAAUAGACCUACGGUAGAUCCUUCCCUUUUACCUGUUAUACAUCAUGCAGAGGAUAAUCUUUUUAUGAGACGCGAUAAUCUUAUUCAUUUUACGCCUCUUCUUUUAUUUUAUAAGUCAUAAAGAAGCUCUCCUAUAAACUUAGAAAAAGCAACCGAGUGAAAUGUUUGAGAUGAUAAUUUGCUGAAAUGCAAGCUCGAAUAGCCCCAGGGUUUCGAAUGAUUCCCCGCGCUUUAUGUCUCUCUGUUUACAAACGGUGUAUAAAUGAAAGAUCACUUCAGAUGGGUCGUCGCUGUUUGACGCGCGAUGCUGUUCCUUUUUUUUUGUCUGUCUGUGCGUUUAGCUUCGCUAAACAAGUUAAAUGGUUAAAAGGCGUCGAAAAAGCGAAUACACACGUGACAAGACAAAUCUAACGAGUAAAGGAACGCUCCGCUCCAAGAUAAAAAUGGUUGUUUACAAUCAAUACAGCGUUUCGGUACCCCUGAUCGUAAUUUGAAACUGUGUAACAAAAGAGAGGAAAGCGAAUGGUGAAGGAACUUCAAGCCUCCGUGGCGUGGCUAGAACUUGUGAUAAAAGUAUGUUUGCAGCAAUUAUGCAUGCUCCCGUUAAAACAGCAUUUCAAUGUCUCGCAUGGCUUUAAGUCCUAGGAGGCUUCAACAUUUAGAAUACAUCCGGAUAGAUUCAAUAUUUCUGAAAUAUAUUGUUACCUUGUGUGUUGGUAAAGUUGUAGUUCCACCGAAGUCGAGUAGUUGACCUUAAAUUAUCAGGGAUAUUCUUCAUAGGGCACACCGUAGUUUUAUUAAUUAUCUCAAGCACUAUUGCACAAAGACGGAUUGGGACGAUUGGAUACGUUUUUGCAUUUUCUCUUAUAAUACUUCUGUACAUGAGAACACUGGUUUACCCCUCAUGAAUUGGUUUUUGGUGUUAAAGCCAACGUACCUUCUAAAUUUGCCAAGGGGCAAACGCCUCGAACCUUUGCACAGCAUUUUAAUGAGCUUUUUACUAAAAUUACCACCACACAGACUAUGGCUGCACGAAAUC